GGGACCAAGUGGGGCCAGGAGAGAACUGCAGUAGCCUUCCGCCCUGCCUCUUCUUCCCGACAGCAGAAGACUGGAUUUUGACUUGGAGAUAAGGGAAGCAAUGGACAUAGAUUUCAUAUACCUGCUUUGCCUGGGGCUGUGCCUGUGCUAUGGAGAUGACGAUGAGAACGAGGAACUUCCCAGGCCUUCCAUCAGUGCCUGGCCCAGCUCUGUGGUCAAGUGCAAGAGUAAUGUCACUCUCCGAUGUGGGACUCACUUCCAGAAUGUUACAGUCACUCUGGGAAGGUUGCACAACUCUCAGUACCAGCAACAGAAGAGGUCACUGGGAAGGGAAGCUGAGUUUCACCUUACCAACCUGCAGCUUGAAGAUGCUGGAGGCUAUUUCUGUACCUACAGAACAGUAGUCUCCCACAAGUGGUCAGGACAGAGUCAGCUCUUACGGUUGGUGGUCACAGAUGGUGUGGGAGAAGGUGGAGGAAAUUGCCCCAGACCAUCAGACAGCAAACUCAUCUUCCUGACCACCUUCAGUUGCCUCUGCAUCUCUCUUCUCUUUGUCUCCAUCUUCUUUAUCUACAGAUGCACUCGGCAAGGUUCAUCACAUGAAGAACCCCCCAAGAGAAACAACCAUUCUAAUUUUCCAAGGCAGGAGGAGGAUGAAGAGGAGGAAGAGGAGGAGGAGGAAGAGGAGGAAGACAUUAUAGUGACACUGAAUGAUCACGUGUGUAAGCAUGAACAUGAAGUCAGUUGUGGUGAGUGACAUCUGGAAUUCAACACUCAGACUGAAGCAGAAGACUGAAUCUGAAGCCAACCUGAGCUGCAUAAGGAGAACAUAUCCAACACACACACACACACACACACACACACACACACACACACACAGAGAGAUACACACAGAGACACAGAUACAUA